CGUACAACCACGAAAAAGCUUGUGACAGAAACGACGUCAACAACAACUACUACUACAGCCGAAACUAGUUUCAAUACAGCAACGUCAAUACAAUCAACAAAUGGAGAUAUUGAAACGGAAGCUUCCAUAAUGAAUAGACGACUUUGA